AUGAAGUUCGGUAAAUCUUUACCCAGGAACCAGGUCCCAGAAUGGUCUUCAAAUUAUAUCGAUUACAAGGGCCUCAAAAAACAUAUCAAAUCUGUCACCUCGGAUCAGCGCGUCGCUGGAGAAGCUGAUUUGACUCCAUUCUUUUUUGAACUUGACCGCAACCUUGAGACUGUUGACUCCUUCUUCAAUAAACGUUUUGCCGAAUCUCAGCGACGACUGAAAUUGUUGCAAGGGCGUUAUGGCGAACACUUUGAUUGGAUGACUUCUGAGAGCGGUAGUGUCAAGAGCGAAGAUUCUGGAGAGACUGCCCCAGAUGGUUUUGGCAUGGACAGCGAUGAGAUGUCUGAGCUUCUAGGUGCUCUCCUUGAGCUGAGAAGUGGGCUUCGGAAGCUGCAGUGGUAUGGAGAGGUCAACCGAAGAGGGUUUAUCAAAAUCUUGAAAAAAGUGGAUAAAAAGACGAAUGUCUGCGCACAAAAGCGGUACCUCGAGUCUAAAGUAAUCCUUAAGCCGUUUGCUUCGGCCACAGAGGUUAUCGCGGCCAUGCAAACCGUCAAUACUUGGCUUUCCAAAGUUGGUGGGACAGAUGGUGCUGAGUACGAUGUUGAGUCUUCUGUCCGACCUACCUUACGUCGCUUUGCAUCGGGCACCGCACCAGGGGCGCCGGAGGGAACAGCAGAUAAGGUUGACCUUUGCAUACGUGAAGAUAAUUCGACGAGCUUAUCGGAUGCUCUCGUGGGUGAGUAUGUUACACAGAAGCUCUUGCUUAUACUUCUACAACGUGCAAUCACCAAUAAGGCCUUGGCGUGUAUCGACUUGCUCUUAGGACGCAUCGAGACAUUACACGAGGAUGAUGAUAUCAACGAAAGGAACAUCAUUCAUCGUUUAGUAAUUUCCAUCGGGAGAAACAAAUCCCUUAUUGAUUCAUCAACAGACUUGUCCUUACUAGAUACACCAACGCCAGGAUCGUCUCUACUUCAGACAUCUUCAAACCUUCCACUUUUUAUCACCCCAGCAGAAUCUCCAAUCUCUUUACCUCCCUCAUCUCGGAAUACCACUGAGCUUGACGGAACCCUAAAGCUUUCUGCACAUGAUAGUUCUGUGAAAUUGUUGGAACACCUGCUGAGCAAGCUUCGUCCCCAUCAACGGCCUGCUCUGGCGGUUCGGGACUCUUAUGGUCGGAUGGCACUUCAUUAUGCUGCACAAUAUGGGUUUGUGGUGAUCUGCCAAGUGGUCAUCAAGUACAUGCGGCAGUGGGGGCAGUUUGACGUUUCAGACGGAAUCGAUUCACCAAAUUGGCAGGAUUCUGAUGGACUUGCGCCAUUGCAUUUGGCCGUCAUGGGAGCGCACCCAAAAACCACAAAGCUUUUGCUACAAGCUGAGAGCUGGGAUGGCGGUCUGGGCAGCGAUGACAAGAUCGUUUCAGCCAGAAAGGCUGUUUCAAAGUCAUCUGCAGUCUUGGCCUUGGCGGCAAAAGCAAAUGCCACUGCUAUCGUCAAGUUAUUGGUUGAGGCUGGUGUUGAUAUCAAUUAUCAGGAUGGUAAUGGCGAGACCGCAUUACAUCAUGCUGCAAGGUUAGGUCAUGUUGAGUGCGCGAAAGUUUUAUUGGAGGGAAACGAUACUCAGCGAGCGGACCUUGAGCUUGCCGAAAAAACUUAUGGCUGGACGCCUUUGUUUGUUGCAGCUGUCGAGGGCAAAACCCAAAUUGUCGAGACUUUGCUAGAAGCUGGGAGUGAGCUGGAUAAAAUUGAUUUAUCUGGGUGGACAGCAGCAGAACACGCAAGUCUUAGAGGUCACCUUGAUAUAGCUAGGAUAUUGGCGAAGAAUGUUAGCGUCCCCGAAGUACUCCCAGGUUCUGUCACACCUUCUCCGCCAUCAAGCUUGGAGAAGAUGAUAUCUCUCAACGGGUCUUCCGGAAAAACUACAGCGCCUAUUGCUCAACCAGUUAAGAGCUUUGGGCAUCGAUACUUGAAAAAGGGAGAAACCAUGAUUUUGGUUACUCUAGGAAGCACAGACACUCGAAAGAAUAUGUCUGCUGUAAAGCUAGACAAAAUCCCAUUAUCUGAGGCACAUUCGACCCAGUUGGAUACAGCACUUUCCCUCGUUGUUUCGGCCCAAAAUGCGACUGGCGAGCCCUCAAUCAUUGACCUACCCGUCCACACAAAUUCUGCUUCUGAGGACCCGAUUUGCUUUGAGACUAAGGACGCUAGUAAAGUCAAGCUUAUGUUUGAUCUAGUACCGACAUACUCAGGCGCCAAAGAUAGAAUCAUAGGCCGUGCUGUGGCGCUUUUGAGCUCGAUCAAGCCAGGCUUGGGGAGGAGUAGAGUUGCUCUGCAAGGCGAUAUCCAAGUCCCGAUUCUUGCUGUGAACAGCCUAGAGAUCAUCGGAUGUGUCAACUUUGAGUUUCGGGUUGUUACUCCAUUCGAGCACCCGAAUAUGGAGGUCACCAAAAAGCAGACUUACUGGAAAAGCUUGGCACCCACAAGAGUUAUUGGUCAUCGAGGCCUUGGAAAGAACACGACCACCAGAAAGUCGCUUCAGCUAGGCGAGAACACUCUACUGUCUUUUAUUGCUGCUGCCAACUUAGGGGCCGAGUAUGUUGAGUUUGAUGUGCAACUAACCAAGGACCAUGUACCCGUCAUCUAUCAUGAUUUCCUUGUUGGCGAGACAGGAAUUGAUGCACCUGUACACACAAUGACGCUGGACCAGUUCAUGUCAAUCAGUGAACAUCAAAACCCACGCCACCGGAGAACGGGCUCCCCUAAUCGCCCCUGGGACAGUGGUAAUAGCCCUGACACCAUUCAUGAAGGUCGUCAGGUGCCGCCCCAGCGUCUCCGCAGGACUCGCUCCAUGUCAUUGAACGAGCAUGACGAUCACCAUGUUGAUUCUCAUGGUCGCAUGAAACACACGAGGGGGUUCAUGAAGAAUGGAUUCAAGGCCAAUGUCAGAGGCAGCAGUAUCCAAUCACCAUUCACAACUCUUGAGGAAACAUUUAAAAAGUUGCCACAAAGCGUUGGGUUCAACAUUGAGCUUAAAUAUCCUAUGCUACAGGAGACCGAGGAACAUGAAAUGGAUAGCUUUGCAAUCGAGAUGAACCACUGGGUCGACACAAUCCUCAAGGUUGUCUAUGAUAAUGUCAAAGGGCGAGACUUGAUUUUCUCAAGUUUCAAUCCAGAUAUUUGCUUGUUGCUUUCCUUUAAGCAGCCAUCCAUCCCCAUCUUAUUCCUUACAGAUGGUGGUACCCACCCCAUGGCAGAUAUCAGGGCCUCUUGUGUCCAAGAAGCCAUCAGAUUCGCUAGCAACUGGAAUUUGCUAGGGAUUGUGUCUGCAGCUGAACCCUUGGUUCUCUGCCCGCGGUUGAUCAAGGUUGUAAAGGAGUCUGGGUUGGUCUGCAUCACCUACGGUGUCUUGAACAACGAUCCAGAAAACGUAAAGGUUCAAGUAGACCAGGGCAUUGAUGCUGUCAUUGUCGACAGUGUCCUCGCCAUUCGCAAGGGCCUUACUGCUGCGGGCGCUCGCACAACCUAUGCCGCCCCGGCCACCACGGCAACAGUAGAGAAAACAGAGGAUGUUCCGGGAGCAGUAGCCAUCCCUUCGGUCAACGUUUCCUCUGUUGUUUAA